AUGACGGCGCAAAUUCUGUCAAUGCACGGAGGGCACGCAUCGGACUUUGGCAAGAUCGAGACACAAUUCCCCCAGAAAAUGGAAACCACGAGCGGCGCAAUAGAGCCCCCAACACCCGCAUCCCCCGAGCGUGACGACAAUAGAGGUCGCCGGCGGGAUAGAGAAGACGGCGAUGGGGAUAACACUGGCGACGGUGCAGAUGGCGGCGAGGCUACCGGCUCGUCGAGGAAGCGGAGAAGGAGCAGGAAAGGACUGGACAAGAAGUUUGAAUGUCCCCACGAAGGGUGCGGGAAGAGCUACUCGAGGGCAGAGCACUUGUACCGGCACCAACUGAACCACAACCCGAAGCAAAUCUACCACUGCGACUUCCCCGAAUGCCACCGGUCCUUCGUCCGUCAAGACUUGUGUGCACGACACAAAGAGCGACACACAGCGCGGGGCUCGCAAUUGCUGCGAAAGGACACCUUCAUGCACAAUCUGAACCCCAUCGUCACUGCAGCCAUGGCCCCAAAGAACGGAACGGCCACCAAGCUUGGCAACAUGAAGAACUCCCCCACGCAAGGAGCAUCGGAAAGAACCUUUGCCCUGCAGUCCCCUGCAGCAGGGUCUUCUGCGACGGGACCGCAGAUGUCCCCACCAAACCUUCAUUCCCCUGCAUCGAACAUUACACGACCCGACGCUUUGAACAGGGCUGGCAGUGACGAAUCAUAUCGCGCUGGCUCUGAUGCUAAGUAUGAGAUGCAGUCCCAGGGCUCUGGAAACUUCGGACCCCCACCAUCACGCACCUCCACUUUUGGUUCGCAGUACGGAGCGAGGCCGCCGGUCACCAAUUCCCCACAUAUGAGCAAUGGAAACUUCCAGCGGCCUGAACUUAGGGCGCAGACGUCCAACUUAUCAUCAUCAUACGGCUCGAACUCGCCGUAUAAUUCUGCAGCCACUCCAUCGCAAUCAUAUCCCCCUUCAGGGACAGCGGUGAAUAACUCUUAUCAGCCCAAUUCUGGUCCUGGUUAUCAGUCACAGCAGAAUUUCCCUCAGUUCACAUCCCUCCCACCCCCGGAAUUUCCCUCGAUUCAACAACCCGCUACUCCCGCAGCAAGAGAGCAGCCUGACAACCAAUACUACAAUGGCACGUCCGGGCAGACCCCCAUGAAUGGCGUCGAGGCAACUGCACAGCAGAUAGACACUAGGAUGAACGGAGUAUCUGAAACCUCAAUGCUCGAGAACACCACGCCCUCGUAUGCUAUUCCCAUGUUUGGCGGUGAGGGCUACAGUAGAUCUCCCUUUGCGAUGGCUGAUGACUUCGCUGCGUGGCUGUUCAACGACUCAAACUUCGGGCCGGGUGCCUCCCCGAUGGGUUAUCCGACUGGGUCCAAUAAUCUCGGCCAGAUUGGGUCUGCAUCAUCACAAAUUGGUCUGCAGGCGCCGUACUUCAACUAUGAUCCGUCUGUUGCUGGAUACUUCAAUAAUCCAGCACCUCCUGCGCAUCCUAUGGCGGUCAAUAGCAUUUUGGACACAACGCCCCCAGAAUCAGUGUUAUCUGAAGAGAAGCGUAAAGACUUGCUUGACCUGAUCAUUGGUCGGUUCAAUGAAACAGACCAUGCGCCAGUUAAGAAGCAGAAAGAGGAUAUUCUUGAGGGGAACAAGGACGACGAUCAUCACGUCCUAAGUUUGCACAUGAUGCAGACUUAUAUUGGGUCAUACUGGAUACACUUUCACCAACAGCUGCCGAUUCUGCAUAAGCCCACAUUCAACGCAACAUCCUGCCCUGAUCUUCUGCUGCUGGCUAUCAUGUGUCUUGGCGCUUCGUGUCUAGACAAGAGCUAUAGCCAUGAUGUGACACAGGCAUGUGCAAAUCUCUCGGCUUUCUUAGCUUGGCACCUCCGUUGGGAAAUCUUCAUGGAUGCUGAUUUCCGGCCACCGGCGAAAUUGUGGAUCUUCCAAGCAUUGCUCCUUCUGGAAGUGUUUGAAAAGAUGUAUUCCACUCGCCCGCUGCAUGAGCGUGCACAUAUUCAUCAUGCUACGACACUAACACUGAUGAGGAGAGGAAGCUCACUAAUUGGUAGGUCCGCUAUGGAUUCUCCUCCAAGCGUCAAAGAUGCGAAGCCAAGCAUCAACGGAGCUCUUGGUGGAGCGAAUACCCCAGAUGAGUGGUGGAAUCACUGGAUCACAAAUGAGGCAACGAGAAGGGCUGCCUUUGCAGCAUUUGUCAUGGAUAGCAUACAUGCGACCAUGUUCGGUCACAGCGCUGUCAUGGUCGCUCACGAGAUGCGGUUACCAUUGCCCUGCGAUGAGGCUCUCUGGUCAGCCACAAGCAGUUCUGAAGUUGGCAGAGUUGAGGCCAGCCUACACGCGAAUGGUAUCAAGCAGACCACCUUCCUGGAUGGACUGAAGAAGACCCUAAAUGGGCAGAGCGUGAGAACGAAUUCAUUUGGCCGCACCAUUCUUAUGGCUGGAUUACUCAGCGUAUCUUGGCAUAUGAACCAACGAGACCUCCAAGUUAGUUCGCUUGGUGUAUCACAGGCGCUAGGUGGACGCGAUAAAUGGAGGGGAUCUCUCACUCGCGCUUUCGACUUCUGGAAACAGGAUUUUGACACCUCGCUGGCCCGGCCCACCGACCUCGCCGCCCCGAACGCAUAUUCAUAUUCCAACGGCCUGGAUGACGAGAACGUUUAUGAAUCCCGCACAGUCCUUCACCACAUGGCCCAUAUGGCAAUGCAUGUCGAUAUAGUCGACUGCCAAAUCUAUGCUGGUGCCACCAGAUUGCUCGGACGAUCGAUAACACCUCAAGACUACAACGGUGCUCAGCGGAGAAUGAAGGAAACUUGGGCGCCUACAGCACGGGCUCGAGAUGCAACUUUCUACGCACUUCGUUUCUUGUCGAACGUCAUGAUCUUCAACGAGAACGGCGGAGGCCCAUCGAAUAGUUCACCCUCGACCAGCUUCGACUAUUCAGCUCGCGAUGACUUCUUACUUAACAGGCCAUGGGUCCUCUACUUUGCCACUCUCAUUGUCUGGUCAUAUGGCUAUGCUCUCGAUGGUCCUGUCAAGUCUGCGUACAAACUCCCAACCCACGAAGACAAGGUCAGAGACAUGUAUGGCUUUUUGCGCAGGGUAGGAGGCGUGCGAGCGCCCGAUGACCUGGCGAAGCUGCCGGAUCGAAAUGCAUGCCUUGGCCUGUUGAUCCUCAUGCGGGAUAUGUUCAAGAAGACGAGGUGGGAGCUGUUGCACGAGGCGAGCAAUCUGUUGACCAAGUGUGUUGAAAUGCUCAUCCCAGGUGCUGGAAGCAUGUAA